CAGGUUGAUGGCAGUAAUGCACCAUAAAUGGUAGGGCGAGAGGAACAGAAAUGGGAUUACCUUUUGCUUUUUUGCUUUUUUUCCCUCCCACUUCCCGUAGACUGAUUUCUACGGCGGGAGUUUGAUUUGCGGGGUUCAUGGUCUGUAGAGCGUGUGUUUGAGUACGUGUGUGUGUGUGCGACUGAAAUAGCUUAACAGCACAAUGAGCGGGGCCCUUUUUGUGGAGACUCUGUUUCGCCUGGGCUAUCCAGAAGCCUCUACUCUGAAGCCUACAGACUUUGACUGGAUGUUUGAUGACACCCCGGAAACCCAGGAAUUCCUGCGCUUCUUCUGCAGUCUUGGAGCCCGGAAUGUUUUGUCUGAGGAGGAAGAGCGCUGGUACACAAGCCUGGUUGAGUUCGGCAAGCCCGUCCUGACUGAGCUGGAACUCGAGAAAGUGGAACAACUAAUGAGGUCAAGGCAGCUGGAGUUAGAUGAGGAAGACGAGGGUGAAGAGCAGGAGGAUGUGGAGGAAGACACUGUUGAUGAGAGUCUUGAAGAGCUCCAACAGGAGCUGGAGCAUCUGCACAGGCAGAAGCGUCUGAGGCACCAGCGCCUGCUCCAGCUCCAGGGUCUGAGCCAGAGACGCGCCGACGGCGCCUCGGCCCUGUCUGAGCGCGCUCAGAGCCUGGAGCAGGACGACGGAGGAGCGGAGCCCGUGGCGGUGGCGAAGGCUCUCGCCAAGGAGAACGUGACCACCAACGUGGUGCUGCAGGGCCUCCAAGGCGAGGUGAAAAAGCUGCAGGGCCUUGUGUUGGCAGAAGGGGACGCUGUGGAGAAGCAGCAGGAGUACCUGCAGAUGGAGUGCCACUCCCGCCACUCGGCUGCCCUGCUCUCUCUGCUCCCGCUCGAACCGUACCUACAGGAAGUGCAACUUGCCCACCAGAGCAUCAUGGGCCAGUACAAGAGGUGCCUUGCUGAAGAAACGUCCAUGUUGGAUGAGGAGGGGGAUGAUGGGAAGGAGGAGGGUGGUGAUGAGGUGGAGAGGCACAGGGGAGAGCUGGCGCGGCUGCAGGCGGCCUUCCUGCUCAUACAGGCCCAGCUGGUGCAGGCGCGGGCAGAGGAGGCCGGAGUCACGGCGGCCAAGGAGUGGCUCUCACAGAAGAGGAGCUCUGAUGCACAGCCUGUGCCCCUUGACCCCGACACUACCCCCACUGUGCCCACGGAUCGUCUCCUCGCCCUCCUUCACCACGGCGCCAAGGGGCUCUGCCUGCCUGUGCUCCAGGCGGACGCGCGCGAUCAGGCAGAGGCCGUGAAGCGUCACGCCGGCCUGCAGGAAGGCCUGUGGGGGGCGCUGCUGAGCCAGUCGGCCCAGCUGGAGCUGCUGCGGGCGCUGCUGGUGGCCGAGCGGGACGCUCACGGCGCCGCCCACACCCACGCGGAGCGCCUGGCGCGCACCCUGCAGGAGGAGAAGGCCGCGUGGGCGUCCCGGCGGAGCGAGGAGCUGACGCGCCUGCAGGAGAGCGUGCCCGAUCCUCAGAGUGAGCCCACCCUCAGCACUAAAGACCCCACUGUCAAGAGGUUGCUGGCAAUGCUGGAGGCCCCUGAGGAGACCGACCGCUGCUUUGACCGUCUGGCCGACCUCACGGACUUGAUCUCUGCCCAGUCGGCUGAGGUCCAGCAGCUGGGUGGCUCUAAGGGCUUGGCCGUGGCGGAGCUGCAGAGCCUGCAGGCUGGUCUAGAGAAGGACCAUGAGGCUCUGAGGCGGACUGCUCUCUCCGAGGCCUGGCAGGUGCAGCUGUCCCCGCAGGACAUGUCUGAAACCCUGCAGGAGUUGGAGAAGCAGACUGCCUCCUUCUUCAAGCAGCUGCAGCAGGUAUCUGCUGAGCUCUCCUCCAAGCGCUCCCUGCUGAAGCGUAGCGCCCCCCUGAGGUGGGAGAGGGAGCUGUAUGUGCUCUUCCAUCUGGACCCGCCCAGGCUAUGCAGAGUGCUGGAGGACUGGGAGGGCCGUGAGUGAGCCAGACGCCACAGAGGCCUCAACACAACGGCCUUAUCUUUGCCAGCUUUCGCUCUGCUAGUCCACCACCUAGCCUGAAGCCUGAGCACACACACACACACACACACACACACACACACACUGCCACAUAUUCCAGCUGGUGAAGAAUAUGUUUGGUGCCUCAGUGGAAGUGGGAAAUCCCAUAUUAGUUAUUCUGACCACAGUUGGCACUUAGUCACACACCUUAGUUUACUUUUUUGUGUUGUUGGUAUUUGUGCAAUAGACUAUCUCUCUGUUUAUGCUCUAAUGCACUUUCUAAUGUAUUUUGUGAUACUAAUAUGGAUGUUGCUUUUAUACUUUAUAUGCUACUCAUAUGUCUUAUUAUGCUUUAUAAGAGUGGAAGUUGGAUGGCAAUCCUUGAGGUCAUCCAAACAUGACCUCACUGUGGUUUGUUUUGUGCA